CCUGGCGCUGCGGGAGGCUGCGGCCCCGCCUCCCCGCCCCCGCCGCGGGACUAUCUGGUCCCGGCAGCAGCGAUGUCCCCCGGCAGGAAUGUCCCUCCUCAGAUAAUGUUAUUUAUAUCUCUGGGCGGGUCCGUGGCUCGGCAGCACCAGGCGCCCGGUGGCCGCUGUGCCAGGAGCCCCGCGCUGCCCUCCUCCCCCUGCGCCGCCGCUGUCGCCCCCGGGCUCCGGGUGGCCGUCGCUACAGCCCCAGCGCAGGGACUUUUCCAUGAAGACUGAGGCAGGCAUCGUUGCUGCUAAGAGCCUGCUGACAUGACAUCGGCCACCGAGUUUGAAAAUGUGGGCAACCAGCCGCCGUACAGCCGAAUCAAUGCCCGAUGGGAUGCCCCGGACGAUGAGCUGGAUAAUGACAACAGCUCGGCCAGGCUCUUUGAGAGGUCCCGGAUCAAGGCCUUGGCAGAUGAACGGGAAGUUGUUCAGAAGAAGACCUUCACGAAGUGGGUGAACUCACAUCUGGCUCGAGUGUCCUGCCGCAUCACCGACCUCUACAAGGAUCUGCGGGAUGGACGGAUGCUCAUCAAGCUGCUGGAGGUGCUCUCUGGAGAGAUGCUGCCGAAGCCCACAAAGGGAAAGAUGCGCAUCCACUGCCUGGAGAACGUGGACAAGGCCCUGCAGUUCCUCAAGGAGCAGCGUGUGCACCUGGAGAACAUGGGGUCCCAUGACAUUGUGGACGGCAACCACCGUCUGGUCCUGGGCCUCAUCUGGACCAUCAUCCUCCGCUUCCAGAUUCAGGACAUUGUUGUCCAAACUCAGGAAGGUCGUGAGACACGUUCGGCCAAGGAUGCAUUGCUGCUAUGGUGUCAGAUGAAGACAGCAGGUUACCCCCAUGUCAAUGUCACCAACUUCACCUCUAGCUGGAAGGAUGGCCUGGCCUUUAAUGCCCUAAUACACAAACACCGGCCUGACCUGAUCGACUUUGACAAAUUGAAGGACUCGAAUGCCCGGCACAACCUAGAGCAUGCCUUCGAUGUGGCUGAGCGUCAGCUGGGCAUCAUCCCUCUCCUUGACCCCGAAGAUGUCUUCACAGAAAACCCCGAUGAGAAAUCCAUCAUUACCUACGUGGUAGCAUUUUACCACUACUUCUCCAAGAUGAAAGUGCUGGCAGUGGAGGGCAAGCGUGUCGGCAAGGUAAUUGAUCAUGCCAUAGAGACCGAGAAGAUGAUUGAAAAGUACAGUGGGUUGGCCUCAGACCUGCUCACCUGGAUUGAGCAGACCAUCACGGUCCUCAACAGCCGCAAGUUUGCCAACUCCUUGACUGGCGUUCAGCAGCAGCUACAGGCCUUCAGCACCUACCGUACCGUGGAGAAGCCACCCAAGUUUCAGGAGAAGGGGAAUCUGGAAGUCCUGCUUUUUACCAUCCAGUCUCGAAUGAGAGCCAACAAUCAAAAAGUGUACACACCCCAUGAUGGGAAGCUGGUGUCUGACAUCAACCGGGCCUGGGAAAGCCUGGAGGAAGCAGAAUAUCGCCGUGAACUGGCCCUCAGGAAUGAACUCAUUCGGCAGGAGAAGCUGGAGCAGCUGGCCCGACGCUUUGAUCGAAAGGCAGCAAUGAGAGAGACUUGGCUCAAUGAAAACCAGCGCCUGGUGGCCCAGGAUAACUUCGGGUACGACCUGGCGGCUGUGGAGGCUGCCAAGAAGAAGCAUGAGGCCAUUGAGACAGACACGGCCGCUUAUGAGGAGCGGGUGAGGGCCCUGGAGGACCUAGCUCAGGAGCUGGAGAAAGAGAAUUACCAUGACCAGAAGCGUAUCACAGCCCGCAAGGACAAUAUCCUGCGCCUGUGGAACUACCUGCAAGAGCUGCUGAGGGCCCGGCGCCAGAGACUGGAGACCACACUGGCGCUGCAGAAGCUCUUCCAGGACAUGCUGCACAGCAUCGACUGGAUGGACGAGAUCAAGGCUCACCUCCUGUCUGCUGAAUUUGGGAAGCACCUGUUGGAGGUCGAGGACUUGCUCCAGAAACACAAGUUGAUGGAGGCUGACAUUGCCAUCCAAGGGGACAAAGUGAAGGCCAUCACCGCAGCCACGUUGAAAUUCACUGAGGAGAAAGGGUACCAGCCUUGUGACCCCCAGGUCAUCCAGGACCGUGUCAACCACCUAGAGCAGUGCUUUGGGGAGCUAAGCAACAUGGCGGCUGGGCGCAAGGCCCAACUAGAGCAAUCCAAGAAACUCUGGAAGUUUUUCUGGGAGAUGGAUGAGGCUGAGAGCUGGAUCAAGGAGAAGGAACAGAUCUACUCCUCACUGGAUUAUGGCAAGGACCUGACGAGCGUGCUCAUCUUGCAGCGCAAGCACAAGGCUUUUGAGGAUGAGCUCCGGGGGCUGGACGCCCACCUGAAGCAGAUCUUCCAGGAGGCUGAGGACAUGGUCGCACGCAAGCAGUUUGGACACCCACAAAUUGAGGCCCGAAUCAAGGAAGUGUCUGCCCAAUGGGACCAGCUGAAGGAACUGGCUGCCUUUCGCAAGAAGAACCUCCAGGAUGCUGAGAACUUCUUCCAGUUCCAGGGCGAUGCGGAUGACUUGAAGGCCUGGCUGCAAGAUGCCCAUCGCCUGCUGUCAGGUGAAGAUGUGGGACAGGAUGAGGGGGCCACACGGGCCCUGGAGAAGAAACACAAGGACUUCCUGGAAGAGCUGGAGGAGAGCCGCGCAGUGAUGGAGCAUCUGGAACAGCAGGCUCGGGACUUCCCACAAGAGUUUCGAGAUUCCCCAGAUGUGACUAAUCGGCUGCAGACCCUCCGAGAGCUCUACCAGCAGGUGGUGGCCCAGGCAGACCUGCGUCGACAGAGGCUGCAGGAUGCCCUAGACCUGUACACAGUGUUUGGGGAGACGGAUGCAUGUGAGCUGUGGAUGGGUGAGAAGGAGAAAUGGUUGGCCCAGAUGGACAUUCCGGACACGCUGGAGGACCUGGAGGUGGUGCAGCACAGGUUUGACAUCCUUGACCAGGAGAUGAAGACUCUGAUGGCUCAGAUUGAAGGUGUGAACCAGGCUGCCAACAGCCUGGUGGAGAGCGGCCACCCACGCAGCGGGGAGGUGAAGCAGUACCAGGACCACCUAAACACCAGGUGGCAGGCAUUCCAGGCUAUGGUUGCAGACCGGCGGGAGGCAGUAGACUCAGCCCUCCGGGUGCACAACUAUUGCGUGGACUGUGAGGAGACCAGCAAGUGGAUCACGGACAAGACAAAGGUGGUGGAGUCAACAAGGGACCUGGGUAGGGACCUGGCGGGCGUGAUCGCCAUCCAGAGGAAGUUAUCAGGGCUGGAACGUGAUGUGGCUGCCAUCCAGGCUCGUGUGGGGGCUCUGGAGCGGGAGUCACUGAGGCUGAUGGAGUCCCACCCUGAGCUGAAGGAAGACAUUGGCCAACGGCAGGCUUACGUGGAGGAACUGUGGCAGGGUCUGCAGCGAGCCCUACAGGGCCAGGAGGCGUCCCUGGGGGAAGCCAGCCAGCUGCAGGCCUUCCUACAAGAUCUGGAUGACUUCCAGGCCUGGCUGUCCAUGGCUCACAAGGCUGUGGCCUCUGAGGACACACCUGAGUCCCUCCCAGAGGCUGAGCAGCUCCUGCAGCAGCACGCGGCCAUCAAAGAUGAGAUUGACAGGCGCCAAAACAGCUACCAGAAUGUCAAGGCAUCUGGAGAGAAAGUUAUUCAUGGCCAGACAGACCCAGAGUAUCUUCUCUUGGGCCAGCGGCUGGAGGUCCUGGUUGCUGAUUGGGAUGCCUUACACCGGAUGUGGGAGAGGCGCGGCCACUCCCUCACCCAGUGCCUCGGCUUCCAGGAAUUCCAGAAAGAUGUCAAGCAGGCUGAAGCCAUUCUCAGCAACCAGGAAUAUACUCUGGCUCACUUGGAGCCCCCAGACUCCCUAGAAGCUGCAGAGGCUGGGAUCCGGAAGUUCGAGGAUUUCUUGCUGUCUAUGGAGAAUAAUCGAGAUAAGAUCUUGAGUCCUGUGGACUCUGGAAACAAGCUGAUAGCUGAGGGAAACCUCUACUCAGAAAAGAUCAAUGAGAAGGUUCAGCAGAUUGAGGACAGGUACAGGAAGAAUGAUGAGAAGGCUCAGGAGGCCUCAGUUCUUCUGAGAGACAACCUGGAGCUCCAGAACUUCCUCCAGAACUGCCAAGAGCUCACACUCUGGAUCAAUGACAAGCUGCUGAUGUCUCAGGAUGUCUCCUAUGACGAAGCACGAAACCUUCACAACAAAUGGUUGAAGCACCAAGCAUUUGUAGCAGAGCUGGCUUCCCACCAGGAGUGGCUAGAGAACAUUGAUGCAGAAGGAAAGCAGCUCAUGGAGGAAAAGCCCCAGUUUGCAGCCCAGGUGUCCCAGAGACUAGAAGCCUUGCACAGACUCUGGGAUGAGCUCCAGGCCACUACGCAAGAGAAGGCCAAACACCUGUCAGCCGCCAGGAGCUCCGACCUACGCUCACAAACCCAUGCUGACCUCAACAAGUGGAUCAGUGCCAUGGAGGACCAGCUGCGCUCUGACGACCCCGGCAAGGACCUGACCAGCGUCAACCGGAUGCUGGCUAAGCUGAAGCGUGUGGAGGACCAAGUGAAUGUGCGGAAGGAGGAGCUGGGAGAGCUGUUUGCUGAGCUGCCGUCUGUGGGAGAGGAAGCAGGAGACACAGACUUGAGUAUUGAGAAGCGGUUCCUGGACCUCUUGGAGCCCCUGGGGAGGAGGAAGAAGCAGCUGGAAUCAUCCAGAGCCAAGCUGCAGAUCAGCAGGGACUUAGAGGAUGAGACGCUCUGGGUGGAAGAGAGGCUGCCACUGGCCCAGUCGGCCGACUAUGGGACCAAUCUGCAAACUGUGCAGCUGUUCAUGAAGAAGAACCAGACGCUGCAGAAUGAGAUCCUGGGCCAUGCACCGCGGGUGGAGGACGUGCUGCAGAGGGGACAGCAGUUGGUGGAGACAGCUGAGAUUGACUGCCAGGACAUAGAUGAGCAUCUGGGGCAGCUGCGAGGCUCCUGGGACACGCUGCGGAAGGCAGCCGCUGCGCGGCUUCAGCGCCUACGGGAUGCCAGUGAGGCCCAGCAGUACUACCUUGACGCGGGUGAGGCUGAGGCCUGGAUCAGCGAGCAAGAGCUCUACGUCAUCUCCGACGAGACCCCCAAGGAUGAAGAGGGCGCCAUCGUGAUGCUGAAGCGGCAUCUGCGGCAGCAACGCUCGGUGGAGGAAUAUGGGAGGAACAUCAAGCAGCUGGCCGGCCGUGCCCAGAGCCUGCUGUCUGCUGGCCACCCUGAGGGAGAACAGAUCAUCAGACUUCAGGGCCAAGUAGACAAGCAGUACGCAGGGCUAAAGGACAUGGCUGAAGAGCGGAAGCGGAAACUGGAGAACAUGUACCACAUGUUCCAGCUGAAAAGGGAGGCUGAUGACUUGGAACAGUGGAUUGCAGAGAAGGAGUUGGUCGCCUCUUCUCCAGAGAUGGGGCAAGACUUUGACCAUGUUACUCUGCUUCGGGACAAGUUCCGGGACUUUGCCCGGGAGACAGGAUCCAUUGGGCAAGAUCGAGUGGACAAUGUGAACACCAUCAUCGAGAGGCUCAUUGACGCUGGGCACAGUGAGGCGGCCACCAUAGCCGAGUGGAAGGACGGGCUGAAUGAGAUGUGGGCAGACCUGCUGGAGCUCAUUGACACGCGAAUGCAGCUGCUGGCCGCCUCCUAUGACCUGCACCGCUACUUCUACACGGGUACCGAGAUCCUGGGCCUUAUUGAUGAGAAGCACCGGGAGCUGCCUGAGGACGUGGGGCUGGACGCCAACACCGCAGAAUCCUUCCACCGGGUGCACACAGCCUUCGAGCGCGAGCUCCACCUGCUGGGAGUGCAGGUCCAGCAGUUCCAGGAUGUGGCCACCCGCUUGCAGACAGCCUAUGCAGGGGAGAAGGCUGAUGACAUCCUGAACAAGGAGCGGGAGGUGUCUGCUGCAUGGCAGGCGCUGCUUGACGCCUGUGCGGGACGCCGCACCCAGCUGGUGGACACGGCCGACAAAUUCCGCUUCUUCAGCAUGGUCCGUGACCUCCUCUCCUGGAUGGAGAGCAUCAUCCGGCAGAUCGAGACCCAGGAGAGGCCCAGAGAUGUCUCCUCAGUGGAGCUGCUCAUGAAGUAUCACCAGGGUAUCAGGGCCGAGAUCGAAACCCGGAGCAAGAACUUCAGUGCCUGCCUGGAGCUGGGUGAAUCUCUGCUACAACGUCAGCACCAGGCAUCAGAGGAGAUCAGUGAGAAACUGCGACAGGUGGUGUCCAGGAGGAAAGAAAUGAAUGAGAAGUGGGAGGCCCGCUGGGAUCGGCUUCGCAUGUUGCUGGAAGUGUGCCAGUUCUCGAGGGACGCCUCUGUGGCUGAAGCGUGGCUGAUCGCCCAGGAGCCCUACCUGGCCAGCCGGGACUUUGGACACACGGUGGACAGCGUGGAGAAGCUCAUCAAGAGACAUGAGGCUUUUGAGAAGUCCACGGCCAGCUGGGCAGAGCGCUUUGCUGCCCUGGAGAAGCCCACCACGCUGGAGUUGAAAGAACGCCAGACCCCAGAGAGACCCUUGGAGGAGACUGGCUGCUCUCAAGAACCAGAUUUGGUGGAGGGGGCUGUUCUGGAUGUCCCAGUUCUGCUAAGGGUUGUCCCUAGGUUGAGCCCUCCCACAAGCUGUGCUCCUCCCUUGUGCCCUGAGCAGGGGGAAGAGGAGAAGCAGUGGCCUCAGGACCUACAGCCGCCGCCCCCACCGGGGCCUCGGGAGGGAGAACAGGAGAAAGCCAUCGGGGAUGAAGGUCCUGCCACAGAGCCCCUCUUUAAGGUCUUGGACACACCUCUGAGCGAGGGCGAUGAGCCGACCACACUGCCAGCCCAGCGGGACUACGGGCACAGCGUGCAGAUGGAAGGCUACCUGGGCCGCAAGCACGACCUGGAGGGGCCCAACAAAAAGGCCUCCAACAGGUCCUGGAACAACCUGUACUGUGUGCUCAGGAAUAGCCAACUGACCUUCUACAAGGACGCCAAGAACCUAGCACUGGGGGUGCCCUACCACGGGGAGGAGCCCCUAGCCCUGAGACAUGCCAUCUGUGAGAUUGCUGCCAACUACAAGAAGAAGAAGCAUGUUUUCAAACUGAGGCUGAGCAAUGGCAGCGAAUGGCUCUUCCACGGCAAGGAUGAGGAGGAGAUGCUGUCUUGGCUGCAGGGAGUGAGCACCGCCAUCAACGAGUCUCAGAGCAUCCGUGUCAAGGCGCAGAGCCUGCCCCUGCCCUCCAUUGCUGGCCCGGAUGCCAGCCUGGGCAAGAAGGACAAGGAGAAGAGAUUCAGCUUCUUCCCUAAAAAGAAGUAGCCUCUGUGGGCCCCCCCAUGGGUGGGGGCCGUGGUGUGCGGGACAUAUGAGUACGCCCACCCUGGAGGGGCCGGGAUGGCCUGGGUGUGGCCCGGUCUUUCUCUGCUGUCUCCCGGGCUGCCUACUGCCUGCCGCCUGCCUGCUCUGAGUCCGGCCCGGGCCCCAGAGCCCCCGCUGCACUGCAAUAGCUGCCUUUGUCUGCCUGGCCCGGGACCCUCGAAUCCCGGCCUGAUGCCCGCCUCCGCACCCUCCACCUCCGUGCAGCCCUGGCACCUCUGCAGAGGGCAAGCCUGGGGCUCCAGGGACAGUGGCUCCUAGUUCAGGGAUUGGGGACAGGAAACGGUUGUCCUAGGCACAUGCUCUCUACCCCUUCCCCAGCUGAGGGCAUGCCUACCUACCCCUUAUGUACCCAGAGAAGCUGGAUAAGACUGACAGGGUUAGGAAGCCCGGGGUCCCCAAAUGCUGCCCAUUCUUGCUUCAGGCAGCAGGGGAGGGGAAAGUUGUUGGAAUUGCCUGACCUGCCCUUAGAGGCACCAGGAUGCAACCUUCCUGUGGGCCACCAGCCCUAGUUUUGGACACUGGCAUUUGGGGACACAGGAGACAGGCAGGUCUGUGGGUCCUGACUGCAAGGAGCUGCGUGCUGUCCCAGCCCCCGUGCUAUCACAGGUGACAGGAGGGCUAGUAAGCUCUCAGCUGAUCCUCUUUCCAAACUGGCCAGAGCUUAGGGCUCCCAGCCAAGGCCCAGAGGAGGAAGAUGGGCCUCCACACUGCCCGAGGUUCUGCCUCUCAAUCCCCAAACCUCCUCUCACUCCCAGUAGCUGCCAAACCAGCAAUAUCAGAUCGAGACGCAGGGUCUCUUAGAGAGAAGGUGCAGGACCCCAGAUUCAACUAGGACACCCCAGCUCCUGGAGUAAAAUAUCCCAAAGCCAAAAUGCUCAGCUGGGUCCUACCUGCAAAUGGUAAUGUCUGAAGGUCCCAGCUGGACAGACAGCCAAGUUUGUGAUUCAUCAUUAGAGAAAGUGUGGCCAGAGUUGUGACAAAUGCAAGGCUAUAACCAGCUUCUUCUGAAGGUCCUGAGCGUGGGUCUUGGGGGGCACCAAUAGGUACAGAACUCAAACACUUACCCUCCCACCACCCCCAAACAUAGUCAUGUAAGGGCCCUGCAAUCUCUCUGUAGCCCUAGGGAUGAUCUUCUCCAAGUACUGGAGGGAAAAAGACCCCCAAGUUCUAAUGACUUUUCUUCACUGCUCAGAAGCAAUACAACUUUGGCCCAGCAUCUUAAUUGGCAGUAGGUCCAAAAGAGGGCCAACCCAGCAGUCAUUUCCCAGGGGAAACCAUAAACGUCCUCGGGCUGCAGUUUUUUCUUUCAAUCACCUUCCCUACCGGAAGGUGCCUUAGACAUGCAGAGAUGAUUCUUCUGGAAGUUGGUAAGGCUCUGGUGGAGACCACAGGGGCAGGCAGAGUAAACAGACCUUCCCAGGAGCCCAUAGCACAGGCUGUGUGAUCAAUGCCACCAUGUCAAGAUGAAGCCAACUUCAGCAGAUACAAAAAACAGGUGAGAAAAAGGCUCCCCACCGAGAGCCCGCCAGGCCCAGAUCAGGUGGUCCCAGGUCCUUCAUUUGGCCCCUGCUCACUUAACCUGACAGCCCUCUUUGCUUCUGUGAGGAACCUAGUGUAUACUACUCACCUACUGUUUUCUUCAUGCCGGGAAACCGAGGCAGCAGGCAUUGAGGUGACUACACUCACCUGGCAGUAAAGAUGGCAGCCAAGUUCCUGUCCUGCUCUAGGGCAGACAGCAGGCUCCUUACUGAAAAGCAGGUGAUGGCAAGAGCCUCAGCUGCUGCCCUGGCCAGUCUUGAGGGAGCUGAGGGAGACAAAAAGCCACUCUCUCCCCUUCCUGUGUGCCAAAGUAGCACCUAGCCGUUCCCAGCAAGCAACUCCACUGACCCGAGUGGAAGGGCCCCCGAGGAGUGAGGUUUUCACCACCCCAGGCAAGCGCAGCCAGCUGCAUGUGGCCCACCGUCUAUUGCCAGCAACCUGUGCAUCUAUCUCCCCACAUCACACAGGCCCCCAGACACUUGGCAGGUGGGACACACUGUAGGCACCCCACUUUUUGGGGGGGAAGUCUUGUGUCACACUGCAUUCCAAGCUUCCUGGUGCCCUGGCAAAGUUUGUUUCCUUACAUUUUCUACUCUGUGGUCUUUAGGAGUAUUCCCAAACUAGGUCCACACAGCUCCAGUCCAUACCAGCAAACGAGGUUUUCUCCCCAGGGUAGUUUAGAGGAAGCUCCUUCUGGGCAUGGCUAGGCGGUCCUCCUUCUCUCUCCCCACCUCCCUUCACCCCUGGCCUCCACUGUCUGGCUUUAGGGGGUAUGGGGAUACCCCAAUAGUCCUCUUGUCAAGGGCCAGUGGAAGGUUCAGCUGCCCUUCUUCCCCUUUUUUCCUUCUGCCUAUCAGAGGGUAACUAGGGUCCCCGAAGCUGGCCCUGGAUCCUCCCAUCUCCCAUCAGGGGGAGAAAGCAGAGAUCCAGAGGGCCACGUGGCUCAGUCCUUUGGACAAGCAAGCUCAGGGAGGACACCAAGGGAGGUGUCUGCAGAGGACUGCAGAUCUGCCGGGCACAGACCAUGCAAUCUGGGGCUGGCCCUGGGGCCGGCUGGGCCUUGUCCUCCACCUGCUCAAAUGUGCUUCCACAAGAGGAAACCCAUUGACUAGUUUUUCUAAUAAAUCAAUAACGCUC